AGUCUGUGGUGUUUUCUGUCAAAGUCACUUCAGUCGAUUCUACGUUUUAACAAUGGCGCAACAGUGAGCAGUGUUUUGACCCUAACUGUCACCAAGGUUUUACAGUUUUCCGGACUUGUGGACGCCAGGAAUGUCCUGAAGACUGAAAAGAUGGAGGAGAAAGCGCUAGAGGUUUACGAUGUGAUCCGAUCAAUCCGGGACCCAGAGAAGCCCAACACCCUGGAGGAGCUGGACGUGGUAACGGAGAAAUGUGUGGAGGUCCAGGACCUCGGAGAUGACGAGUACCUCAUCAUCAUCAAGUUUUCUCCCACCGUGCCUCACUGCUCUCUGGCGACGCUGAUCGGUCUGUGUUUACAAGUGAAGCUGCAGAGAUGUCUGCCUUUCAAACACAAGUUGGAAAUUUACAUUUCAGAAGGAACUCAUUCGACCGAGGAAGACAUCAACAAGCAGAUCAACGAUAAGGAGCGAGUGGCGGCCGCCAUGGAGAACCCAAACCUGAGGGAAAUCGUGGAGCAGUGUGUGACCGAGCCGGACGACUGACAGCCGCCGCUGUGUGUGUGUGCGCGUGUGUGUGUUUAAAACUGUGCCUGAGGACAUUAUUCAGAGGAUAUCUUGAGUCUGGAGGCAGAGCGCCGUGGCGGCUCUGGGGACUAAACGGAUGUUUGGAAGAUUUUUAUUUCUGGAGAGUCUGGAUUGAAUCAAAGACGUGUGUUGACUUUUCAAUCAUUCCCUGCUGGACGGAGUUUGUUUUCAUUACGAGUUCUCCAUCGGAGGAAACAGGAAACACCUCCCGUGCUGCUCCAUCCCGUCCUCGCCGUCGUCAGCGACAGAAGGAUCUUUUCUCUCUCCUCGGUUUAGGAGCAGCUGGAGAAAGGUUCCUGUGCCAACUGUUUCUAGAAGUCUGUCCUCACAGACGAUCACUGAGAUUUAAGUCCACUUCAUGAUUUUUAUAGAUUGUUGUUGUUAGAACAGAUAAAACUGUGAUGUACAAAAGAAUCAGGAAUUAAAAACGACAUCAACAAGAA